AUGUCAGCUCCAUUAGUCAACCGUUCAUUAGCCACUUUGAAAACCGAGUUGGAAUUUCUACGUGAUUCUGAAGUUAUUACUGAAGGUUUUUACAAUCAAAUAGUUGAAAAGCUACCACAUCGUUAUCAAGCUGUUCCACAACCAACUAAUGAAUCUUCAAAUAAUGCUGAAUACGUUGAAGCCAUUUAUGAUUACAGACCACAACAACCAGAAGAUUUGGAAUUCAGAGCAGGUGAUAAGAUUCAAGUUUUAGAACAUACAUCUCCUGAUUGGUGGAAAGGUGCUAUUGGUUCAAGAUCAGGUAUGUUUCCAUCAAACUAUGUCAAAAAGCUUGAAGAAAGAAGACAAGCACCAUCACCAGCUCCAGCAUACCGUAGUAAUGAACUACAACCUCAACCAACAAAUCAAAGUCAACAAUAUGCCCCUCCACCACAUCAACAACCUCCAUAUAUGUAUCAACAACCCCCAUAUGGAUCAUCACAACAAGUUCAAUAUCCACCAUACCAAGGUUCACCAUAUCAACAACAACCUGUUCAAUAUCAACAACCACAACAACAAGAAGUUGUUGUUCAACAGCAACAACAAGGCGAGGGUGGUGGUCAUUUGAAAAAGUUUGGUUCAAAAUUGGGUAAUGCUGCUAUUUUCGGUGCUGGUGCCACUAUUGGUUCUGAUAUUGUUAAUUCAAUCUUUUAA